GAGAUCCCGACUACAAGUGGCUGAAAUGAGCUCCCUCUGUUGGGUGAUUGGGCGCUCCCUUGGAGAUAGGCUGAGAAGCCUGAUCACUGACGGAGAGCUCAGAGUAGAGCCGCUUCUCCUCCACAUCAAGAGGAGUUAGUUGAGAUGGCUCAAGCAUCUGGUCCAGAUUCCUCCUGAAGAGGUGUUCUGGACAAAGGCCCCGGGGAAGACCCAGGACACGUUAGAGAGACUACGUCUCUCGGCUGGCCUUGGAACUCCUUGGGCUCCCCCCCAGAGGAGCUGGAAGCAAUGGCAAGGGGGAGGGAAGUCUGGGCAUCUUUGCUGACUGGUGCCCCCACGACCCAGUCAGGGAUGAGCGGAAGAAGAUGGAUGGAUGGAUGGAGUUCCCCAGAUCCGGUUAUUCUUUUUCCUGCAAUGUCUUUCUCACGGCACAAUGGCUGUGUUGUUUAACUUAUAUUGUUAGAGUUGAGAGGUGAGAUGGUUUUCCUUUGUUGCUUUGUGCAUCUGUUAUGUUGAGAAUAUGAUAGUAAAUAAAUAUUUAAAAUGAACAACUUCCUGAUGAUUAAACAUUUCUCUUUUGAGCCACAGAGGGUUCUCAUUUGAAUGUAGUCAUUUGGCUUAUAUCAUGAUGAAUAACAUUGAAAAAAAAAAAAAAAACUAUUGUGAUAUAAAAAUUUCAGCCCAACCCUACUCUUACCUUUGGGAGUAAUCAUAGACUUUAUAAUCACUGGACAGCUUGAUCCCUCCCUCCUCACAUUCCAAAUUAGAGCUGGAUCCGAGAGGCCAAAAUCCCAAAGACUUCUUUUGAGGAAUUAACAGUUCUUAUUCAGUUUUUUCUGUUUGUCAGGAUAACCAUUACACAUUCCUUAGUAUCUUCUAAUUUCUAUUUUUUCAUUUUUUUUCUUUGUUCCAAAUUAUUCAAACUAUAAUCUGACCAAUCAGAUACCUCAGUAAAAACAGAGCCCGCUUUCAGUUGAAGGGUUCUGGCUUUUCAACAAGUUUGCUGCCGGUUAGCAGGAAUAGUUGCUCUAGAAACGUGACUGAGUCCAACUUUGACCACUCACUGUAGACUGGCUCCAAAUGGCAGUGCCCCUAAUGCAGAUAAAUUGUGACCAACUUGGCUUCAUUUCGCAGGAACCAAAAGUGAAGCAAUUUCCAUGGGUGACAUCACAGGCACUUUCUCCAUUUCUAUAUAUCCCAAUGGGAGUAAUCUGCCAUCAAGCGAACCGAUAAAGAAAACAUUUUAUGUCCACUUUGUAGUAGUUUACAGGAUCAUGAGCCUUUAAAGAUUAUUUUUUUCCUUUGUUUAAAAAAAAAAUAAAGUAAACAUCUUAAUUUUUAUAAACAUUUUUAUUAAUAUAAACAUUUUAAGAGAUUAUUAUUAUUGUUGUUGUUGUUGUUAUUGUUUCGGAUAUCUUUAACAUUUAAAAAAAAAAGAAAAAGCUCACGUUGUAAAACUCUUUAGCGGAAGUGACGUAACAUUCGGGCAUACAUGAACGUAUCCGUAAGCCAUUACAGAUCGGGGAGUGACAGGCGCUAGCAUGCUAGCAGCGUUAGCUUGUGUUCUUCGGACGGUGGUGUUUAGUUCGGACGUUUGUGAGGUUUUUGGACAGAAAGGACGAUACGUGGUUCGUGUCGGAACUCUCAGCAUUUUCCAAAGUGUCGUAAAUGAGUGAAUACGUGUUGAACGUAAAGACAACGUGGCUGUGAUUGAGAGACUAGCAGAUGAUCGGAGCUGCUGCUGUUUAGAGGACGGCGGCGUUUGUGUGAGUUUGAGCUGAAGAUCUUCUGCAGCUGCAGGAACCAUGUCUUCACUUCAGUCUCUGAGAGAGUUUAUCAGCGAGCGACUAGCUGCUGCUGCUGAAGAAAUCUUCAGACACUGUGAAGGAACCAUCGUCCAGUACGAGCAGGAGCUCUGUCGUCAGCGCAGACUGCUGGAUAUCGCCUUGAAGCCAGAACUCAAGCUGGACUCUAUAGUCCUUCCCCAGCAUUAUGCAAGUGAAAAGGAGGAUCACCGCAACCGCCAGAGAAACUCCAACAUGGAUCAUGAUGAGCCAAAACCUCCACAGAUUGAAGAGGGACAAAAGGAACCAGAACCUCCGCAGAUGGAAGAGGACCUAAAUGAAUCAAAACCUCCAAAGAUUAAAGAGGAGAAUGAAGAACCCGGAUCUCAGCUGAUUAAAGAGGAGCAGGAGGAACUUCCACAGAUUGAAGAGAAAAAGGAGGAAAGAGAACUUAAACACAUAAAAAAUGAGCAAGAAGGGCUCUGUAUCAGUCAAGAUGAAGGCCAGCUUGAUCUAAAAAAAGAGACUAAUACCUUGAUGGAGAUUCCUACUUAUGAGGAAAAUGAGUACAGUGGAUCAGAUCUUAUCAGUCAGCAGAACUUUAAUGCAACAGAUAGUCAGGUUGAAGAAGGAAACCAGCAUGAACGAUCAACAUCAAUUACAGAUGGAAAGACAGACCGACUGAACAUGGAUCAGAGUAAGAGAACAGACAGAAUUCGUGUUAAUAAUCUUCCAGUCAAUAUAAGAAUGGAGUCUGAUGACAGACCCUAUGUCUGUGAAGAAUGUGGCAGAAGUUUUGGUUUUUGGUCUCAGUUCAGAAUUCACAUGAGAACUCACACAGGAGAAAAGCCCUUUUCAUGUAAGGAAUGUGAUAAAAGUUUUUGCGAAAAAUUUAAUCUCAGAAGACACAUGAGAACUCAUACAGGUGAGAAGCCUUUUUCUUGUAUAGAAUGUAAUGCAAGUUUUAGUCAGAUUUGUAGUCUCAAAAGACACAUGAGAAUUCACACAGGAGAAAAGCCCUUUCCUUGUAAAGUAUGUGAUACAAGUUUUAGUGAUGCAUCUACUCUCAAAAGACACAUGAGAACCCAUACAGGUGAAAAGCCCUUUUCUUGUAAAGAAUGUGAUAAGAGUUUUACUCAUAUAUCUAACCUCAAGUUACACAUGAGAACUCACACAGGAGAGAAGCCUUUUUUUUGUAAUGUAUGUAAUAAAAGAUUUAAUGAGAACUCUAAACUUAGGAAACACAAGGAAAUUCAUAGUAGAGAACUUGUGCAAUAAAAUACAUUCAGGGUUUAGACAAGAUGGGUCAAAUAUUGUGAAAUGUUUGAGAAAGUAACUGGGAUUCUAUACAGAACCCUUGCAUAAAGAUUGAAGUGUGCUGAAAACAUACUUUGAUUGUCAUGAUGUGAAAAUCUAAAAUUUUAUUACAUGAAUUUUAGAGUUUUCAUCAUCAAUAGGUCAAAAAAUGUACUAAGAAUGAGACAGUGAUCCUUUGUUUACUGCGCUAGUUACUUUCUAAAAAUAACCUUGGAUAAGUGAAAUCCACAAUGUAGGACUAUAGAUGUUUUAAGUUUGUAAAACUCCUCACUGCGCACUUUAUAUACUUGUCUCAGACAAACAUGAACAUUUUCAAACUUUUCGCUCUUGUUAAAUUCUCAAAAUUCAAAUCAGGAGACACUGCAGAGGAGGUUGGAUGACAAGAUCAAUCACCAAUCAGAAUGCAGAACAGAGAGCACUAUUUAAAAAAAAAAAAAAACUUGCAAAAUUGCACUGAAAAAAAAAAAUCAGAGAAACAGCAAGAGCACGAAAGGUGAACUGCGAUAUAGUGAAGGACUACUGUACAUUCAAUCUAUGUGUAAUGAAAUUGCACAAUAUGAGUUGUCACUAGUGCAACAAAAUUUAUAGGUUCUCUUUGGUCAGUGUGUCAUUUAUGCAUUAAAACCAUAAUGUCGCCAGGAUCAAAUUUAUGACUUGCUAAGUAAAAAGUGAUUCACGCAGUCAUUGACAGCAAGAAAUUAAUUUUCCAUUUUUUUUAGCCAUGUUGAGAACAUUUAUUUCUGUUGGGAUAAAAACUGUUCUGGAGUUUUUUUUAACCCCUUAUUUUGCUUGACCUGUUAUGUCUGCCUGAAGGCAAAAGGUCUAAUAUGGGGUGACUGGGAUGUGAAGUGUAUUUGAUGAUGUACUCUGUUCUGUUGAGGCAGCAGGAACUGUGUAGGUUUUCCUCUGACCCAUUUUACAAAUGUACAGUUGUAAAAUACUUUCUAUUGUGGGAUACUAGAAGGUCACCAGCAGUCUUUGGGUGAUGUUAUUUUUCCUGAGUAAAGUCUCUACUGGGGAUUUUUCAGCAGCCCAGUGGUGUUUGUGCUCCAGGUUAAGGUCUUCUCAGUGAGAACUCCCAGGAAGUCUACCACCCUCUGUACACAGUCCCUGCUGAUGAAUAGUGGAGGAAUGUCUUUGUUAUUUUCAGUUAUUUGGUCUUUUUACGUGUUGACUAGUGGGUUGUGUGUUGAACACCAUGUGCACAGCCGCUCCACCUCAUCACUGUAGGCAAACUCAUCCCCAUCAGAGAUGAGCCUCACCACUGUAGGAUCAUUUACAAACUUUGGGAUGGUUUGCAGUGAGGCAGAAAGGCUUGUAUGGGGACUGAACAGAGGACUGGACAGAGGACUGGGUACACAACCCUUGGGGAAACCGCUACUGAGGCUUUGUGAUGCGUACUCCCUGCCAUAUCUGUUGGCUGUUAUUGCUGUCAAGGUGGGUUUCAAUUUUCUUCUUUUAGUCUGCUUUAUAUUUUUUAAAGCAUUCAUCUUGGUUUGGGCUACACUCUUUAUUUCCAGACUUGUCAGCAGUGUUCCUCUUCAGAAGCUCUUUAGGGCUUCCGGCUGGAGUAGAUCCAGAUGCGUUUGUUCACCGUGACCCUGUAUGUGCAGUUCUUUGUGUAGCAGUCUGGGGACAACUCCAGGCUAUGGUGUUUAAACACUUCCCUACCAAAGCAGUCUUGGGAGGAGGGGAGGCGGACAUUAAUGAAAUGACAGACAAAUAUGUAGCAAAUUUAAUGGAAAGUAAAAAUAAAAAUUUCUACAAAGUAUAAAAAUCAUUUAGCAAAGUAUAACAUUAUAAGCUUACGCUGAGUAAACCAAAGGCACUUGCUAAACUCGUUUGGAUUACAUUGCACAUUCUGUUGUAAGGCAAAGCUUGGUGUUUAAUCUGCUGUAACUGAACAGGCAAUAAACACUCUAAAGUGAUUUUUGAGGAUAGAGUUGUGAUAGAGCUGUUGUUUGAGAGGCUGCAACUUGUUUAUGGUCGCAUCUAUCAGAUGUCUAACAAAAUAAUAACGCCUUCAUGCAAUGCAGCAACAGUUUCCAUUCAUAUGAGGAUCUUAUGAAUAUCAGCUUAGUUAUAGAUCCCAUCAUGAUGCUAUUUUUCAUUUCAUUAAAUUAUUUCCCUUUCUCUUUGAUAUGUGCUAAGUCAGCAUUUUAUUUUUUCUAAUCUUUUGACAGUUUAUUAUUAUGUAUUUAUCGAUGUAUAUUUAUUUUCUGAAAAUAAUCAUUUCGCAGUGAUUAUGAUGUGUACAUCUAUUAUUUAACAGUGAUUGUGAUACUUUUGAGUCUUAAAAUAUGCUGAAUAAAUACUCCUCUAAGAACUUUC